UGCCCGAGGGCGCCUUGGCCGCCGCUGUCCUGGCCGGCGUCAUGGGAAACAUCUCGUCCAACAUCUCCGCCUUCCAGUCCCUGCACAUCGUGAUGCUGGGGCUCGACUCGGCGGGCAAGACCACGGUGCUCUACCGCCUCAAGUUCAACGAGUUCGUCAACACGGUGCCCACGAUAGGCUUCAACACGGAGAAGAUCAAGCUGAGCAACGGCACGGCGAAGGGCAUCAGCUGCCACUUCUGGGACGUGGGCGGCCAGGAGAAGCUGCGGCCGCUCUGGAAGUCGUACAGCCGCUGCACGGACGGCAUCAUCUACGUGGUGGACUCCGUGGACGUGGACCGGCUGGAGGAGGCCAAGACCGAGCUGCACAAGGUGACCAAGUUCGCCGAGAACCAGGGCACGCCGCUGCUCGUCAUCGCCAACAAGCAGGACCUGCCCAAGUCGCUGCCCGUGGCCGAGAUCGAGAAGCAGCUGGCCCUGCCCGAGCUCGUGCCGGCCACCACCUACCACGUCCAGCCCGCCUGCGCCAUCAUCGGCGAGGGCCUCACCGAGGGCAUGGACAAGCUGUACGAGAUGAUCCUCAAGCGGAGAAAGUCCCUGAAGCAGAAGAAGAAGCGAUAGACGAGCGGCCCCCCCCCGCCCAUCCCCCCCUCCCCGCCCCCCUGCGGCCCACUCCCACGCCCACCCACCGAGGACCCCAGAAACGAGAACCAAAGCGACGCGUCGAGUUUGCCAAACGAGGAUAGAACUCUAUGGAUAGCCAGCCACAGUGCGCGGGAACCCCGGGCUCCUGGGACUGGCCCCCACCCCCCCCUCCCGCCCUGGAUUCUGACUUGGCAGCCUGGGACAGGUGGGUCACCAGCCCCACAGCGGGCCAGGCAGGCGAGUGGACAGAAAGGCCGGCAGAAUGAGCGCCCAUCCCCCUGGCGGGCUGCCUGCCUGCCAGCCCGCCUGCUGGCAAGGCCUUUUGUUUGAUCUCCCCCCUUUCCCACGGGCUUGGAGGAGGGGGAGGAGACUGAAGGCAGAGGACUGGGAGGAAUGUGGGGGAUGGGGCUUGGGGGUUGCGACCUGCCGGGUCCGCCCUCCUGGGGAGAAGUGGAGGAUGGCUUAGAGGGCCCUGGGAGGAAGGCCUCCUGCCUUGAAACUCUCCAGCAGAAUUAAGAAGUUGGGCCUCCUUGCCCCUCCCCCAAAGCCAGUUGCACCUGUGGGUUCUCAGAGGUACCGAGGUCACUGUUCCCCUCCGAGUUCUCUGCCCAGAGAAGGGUCAUGGGGGGCAGCUCCAGCGGCUGCAUGGAUUGAUGGGCCAGUCCAGCCGGGUAUUGAUAAUCCUUUUCCUGGAACGGGGCAGGCCCCUGUUUGCUAUCAUUCCUUUGCUUCUGCCCUGGGCCCUAGCAAGGUGGAUGGAUGGAUGGAUGGAUGUCUGUUUGGGGGGAGUUCCUGCUGCCGCAUAGCAGACCUGGAUCACUGGAAACCCAGCCAAGAACCUGGUCAAGGGAAAACCACUGUAGAAAACACCCGUUUCUUUUACAGGAUGAGAACUGCCUUUCCUCCCUGCUCCCCCCCCCCCACCCCCCAGGUCCGGUAUCUUUGCCGCGGUUUGGAUCUAGUCCAUACGUAGGUCAUUAUCCCACAAACGAAGAAACUAGUAACAAUUAAGGAAACAGUUGCCGGGUGAGGGGGAGGUGGUCGAAGGUCCAUUUAUUGCCGGAAAUCUGGUUAAGGGUAUUCAGAUGGGAGACUUGUUAUUCAGGCUGGAUGGGAAGGGGCUGAAGGAGAUCCUCUCGGUAUGCUAAGAUGGGCACAAAUACCCGGGUCCAUCCGCGUGGGAUUUAAAGGUCUCUUGACCGGCCCGACUGGCUGGUUUGCAAGCCAGCAGCACCUGCCCGGCCCGUGGUUGGUUUUAGGAUCUAAUGCCAGCUGUAGGCUGCAUUGAGGAUGAUUUUUGCAAGGCUUGCCUCUUGUCAUGUGAACUGGGUGAUGGAGGGUUCUCUGAUUAUCUUUUCAUUUAAAAAAAAAAAGUGAGAAAAAGGCUUUGUUGUGCCCCUUUAUAUCAUAUUACUCUGCAAGUGGAGACCGUUGGGGUUAUUUAAGGAGGUUCACUAUAGCCUGCCCAACGUAAGGAACGCCACAAAAUCGUCUCAUUAUAGUACUUGAUAUGAUGCACCCUGUUCCCACCCACCCCCCAAGCCCAUUUGUCUUGCAAAAGCCCACCUGACUGCAUGGAUUUCAAAGCACAAUGACCUAGGUCCUUGCUUAUAAAAUUCCUGUCUAAACUGGCCUGCUGCUACAGCCAUUACAUUGGCCCACAGCUGAACCCCAGUGUGGUAGAUGAGAUUCCCCAGAGUGCUCAAGGUAGGAGGAAGCUUGGAGCAUGAUGUCAUCCGUGGGCCAGCAGGUGCCCAAGGAGGAUUGGGAGAACAGUCAAGCUGAAGGGGGAAAGAAAAACAAAGAGUUAAGUAUUUUUAAUAAGACUUUUUUUUUUUAAAAAGAAAUAAAUGGUUUAUAAUCAGGACGGGGAGUCUUGGUUGCAGGAUGCUGGUCAUUUUACACAGAAGUGCAGUAUUGUCCGAAGGGAGACUUCAGACUUGGGAAUUUGAUUUCCUCUUUGAAGCCAUGUUUACUGGGGUAAUUGGCCUCUGCCCUCCCUCCCCCUUUUGAAAAUUUCCUAACAAGGGAGUCAUUUGGAAAUUGGCCACUACCAGGUUUGAGCAUGGGAAUGUGUCUCUAAAUAAAUCCUAAGGCCAGGCCUCUUUGUCCAUUGCUUUCCACACACUCACUUUAGAACAAACUCCAGAUUGUAGUGCUGGUUUUUUGCUUCCAAUGCAAUUCUUAUAGCUAUUAGGGACAGCUGACUCCUUUUAAUUUGGGACAGGAAUGGUGGCACCUUUCCCCAGCUGGUCUUCUUUUGUUGAAGCCUAGUAGAGAUCAACUGGAAACCAGGCAGGAUGGAGAAGGCUUAUGGAAUUCCCGUUUACACAGUCGUAAUUCACUUCCUUGUUCGCUGAGUUCUGAAUGGGCUGGUCCCAUCAUGUAAGGAAAUUGUGUGUGUAGAGAUUUUGUUGUUUGUGUGUCUGUGGUUUUUUGUUUUUAAUUUUUUCUUUUCAUUUCUUCACAUGCCACAGUUUCUUAUUAAGCACUUUGAGAUUUGUUAGCUCCACACUUAGGAGAGAAAUAAUAUAUUUAUUUUGUGACCCUGCAGAAGCCAAAUAUGGUGUGAUGCUCCCUGGAGUUAGGUUUUAAGACGAAUCUUCAGACCCAGUCUUGCCUUGCUUUCCAGAAACUGAGCAGGACUUUUGGUCUUUGUCAAGACUGAUUGAGGGCCUGAGGGCAGUCAGAAUGUCUAGUUCUGAAACGCUGUCCAUGACUAACCCAUGGCCCAGAAUUUCUGUUGUUUCUGUCCUGUUUUGGCCUCCCUCCUCACAGACCCUUUAACCCCAAGUGUGGUGUCACCUUCCCCUUGGGAUUGGAGGAGAACCUUCCUUGCUAGGGGCCCCUCCAGAUUUAGGGAUGCUUCACGGCAUUAAUCCCUGAAAGAAUGAAGGUGGGGGUUUGCUUUGAAGGACUGCCUCUCCAAUGAGGCUUUCCAGUGGUUACCAGGAGACAAGCAGGGAUGCCGGUUUGGUGGCAGACCUCGUCCACUCAUUUUUUUUUUUUUGUCUGUUUAAAUGUUAGAAUUCAAGAAAAAACGCCUCGCUGCCUCUUCAUUUUUCAUUUCCCCACCCCUAACCCAGUCCUCUCUGUUCUAAUUGUCCUUUUUGGUUCUUUUUUUUUUUUCUUUUUUAUGAUGCAAACAUGAUGCUGUGAACGGAAAUAAAUUAUUUAUACAAUCAA